AUUUCAAAAGCCUCGUCACCUGCUCCUUCAAACUCUCCGUUUUUGCUUCUUCCUCACCGCCGUAGUCGCUGAUAAACCCCGUUUUGUUAAACAGCGGCGCCAUAGAUUUCCCGGCGGCAGUAGCAACAGAAUAUCUUAUCCCGGUAUCCUCUACCAGACUAGCAAGCUCCUCCGACCACGUGUUCCCUCCUCUUACCUCCGCCAUUCUAGCUGAAACGAAAGGGUUAGAAGCUGAACAACACCCAGCUUCAAUGGGUUCUGAUACAGCUUCUCAGAGUCAGAAAAAACGCACUUUGGAGGCAUUGGAGAGAAGAUUUGCUGUAGCCAAAGCUGAGCUAAUUCAGCAACAAAAGAAAACCCAAAACGAAAAUAACAAUACCACCAGCUCCAUUUCUUCCAUUGCUCCUCCAGUGCACUUGCCUCCUGCUCCAAGCACUCCUUCCUGUUUGAAUAGCUCAUUAAAAAAAGAUCUUCAGGAAAAUGGUCCAGCGUAUUCUCAGCUCUCUCAUCCUGUAUAUGAGAACCUUCUGACAACAAAUAAGUUUCAGAGUAAAAGAGGAAGCAUGGUGGACAUGAUAUUACAUGAGCUUCUUCAACAUGGUGACUCUGCUCAAAAAUAUUUACAAGGGUCUAGAAGCAAAAAGAUUGACAAUUGGAUCCUUCUUGAUAAUUAUGUACAAGGACGUGGCAAAUCUACCAGCUCUCAUAUAAGAGCUUUGAAAGCCCACUCAAAGCGCUCUAAAAAGCACAUGUCCAUGAAGCAACAUAAAAAAUGUGGAUCAUUUGUUCUGCCCCAAGAUCGCCAAAAGUUCACUGUUUUUAAGCCAAUGCACGAAAUGUGGAAAGGCUACGUGAUGCAGCUUCUCAAAAAUACUGGGACAAAUCAAUUGGCCCAGUGUCUUCUUAGUGCAGAUCUACAUGGUGCUGUUAUUCUUGCAGUUGCUCAAUGUAAGGUAGCAUCUUUCACUGGAAUUACUGGUAUAAUGAUUCGUGAAACAGCAGAAACAUUUGGGAUACUGGCAGAAGAUGACAAAUUUUGGGUAGUGCCCAAAAAGUGUUCCGUUUUCAUUUUCCAAGUUGAUUGCUGGAAGAUAACAUUGCAAGGAGACAAAUUGACCUCCAGAAAUUUGGGCUUGUGAUAAUCAUAUUUCUACUUAAUCUCAGGAAUCCGUUUGGUGGUAAACCAAAAAUAAUUUUUAUUCCAUUUGGGUUUUGCUAGAUCCUGACUGAAGCAAAAUGGGAAGAAGGGAUAAGGUUUAGGUUGUCAGAAAAUUUUGUGAAAAGGUUGGAAUUUUUUUUAUUGUAAGCCUUUUUGCUGUAUAGCAUUUAAGUAUAUGGUAAGUGGGCAUUGUUCUCAAAUUGGCCUUUUUACUUGGCUUUCAUAAGUUCCAGUACAGUACUUUGAUGCUUGAUGUUACAAGACAUUUGAUGAGUCUUCGUAUUUUGUUAGUAAACUUACUAUUUGAAAUUCAAUAAAUCUCUUAUUUUUAUUUUUAAAAAA